AUGUGGAAAGAGGGUUUUACUCGAGAUGUUCAACCCGUCCAAUGCCACUCCCACAACGACUAUUGGAGACGAAUUCCUCUCUAUGACGCUCUGGCUGUAGGUUGUGCUAGUGUCGAGGCCGAUGUUUGGCUGCGGGGAGACGAUUUGCUCAUAGGACACAAAGCACAUGAACUCAAACGCACCAAAAGUCUUCAAAGCUUGUACUUGGACCCUCUCAGCAACAUUCUGGCGCAUCAAAAUGCAGACAAUCUGCUUACGGAGGGAUCCCGACCGGUGGGUGUAUUUGAUGUCGACCCGGAUAAAUCUUUGAUUCUCCUUCUGGACGUAAAAACAGGUGGAGACAAGACAUGGCAGCUUAUCUUGAAGCAACUAGAGUCGCUUCAUACGAGAGGUUGGCUGACAGUGUUCAACGGAACCACGGUCAUUCCUGGCCCGGUCACGGUCGUCGGGACAGGGAAUACGCCAGCCGAUUACUUUCUGUCGUCUACCUCUUCCAACCGAUAUACUUUUCUAGAUGCUCCUAUUACACGACUAGAUGCCGAAUACACCAGUCAUAAUUCAUAUUUCGCAAGCGCUUCCCUCAAAGACGCCAUCGGAAACAUACGGUGGGGAGGAAUGGACGUCAAGCAAGAAAUAGUCAUCAAAAGCCAGAUUGAGAAUGCAUCUGUGAGAGGACUUGUACCCCGAUAUUGGGAUACCCCAAGCUGGCCUGCAAGUACGCGAAUCCGUGUUUGGGAGCAGCUCGUGUCCCUCGGGACUGGAAUUCUCAACGUAGACGACAUUGUGUCUGCUGCAAAGUGGAAUUGGGAUUGGUGUAUAGUUUUGGGAAUCAGCUUGUGCUUUUGA